AAUAAAAUUAACAAGCACAUGAUACUAAUGAGCAAAAUUAUUUAGCAAGCAGGCCUAUGUAUAUGUUAUGUUAUGUGAGAAACUAACUCAAAAGUGUCAAGUGCACGAGUUGGGCCUUACAUUUUUGAGCUAAAGUUAGGUUCAUAAAAUAAAAUAGAUAAAAGGUCUGUACAGCGUCUUGAGCCCACGUAAGGAGUAAGUGAACUACCCUUUGAUUCCAUGAAUUGUGUUGUCACGUGUGCAACACCGUCUCUUUGAAGCCUCACUGCAUCUGAUACCCCGAAGUACCCCAUUUGUGGGUCCCUCGCUGUAAGCACAGUAGCUGUUGUGAGGGGGGAACAGACUCCGACACGCCAGCCCAAAGACAACCGGCUGGGAGAGUAUAGUCUGCUACCAUGGUGAACCAGGUUCCGCGAGGGGACGGUAGUUGGCAGUCAUGUAAGAGCGACUCCAGCGGGGCCAGCAACAGCGGCGGGGAGAGCUCCAAGGAGAGCUCACGAUGUUCUACGCCGGUGCUGGACGCAGACCGAUCAGACAGGCUGCGGGACAAGAUGCGCAGGAGGACGGAGUCCGGAGACCGCUGGUUCUCGCUGGAAUUCUUUCCUCCCCGCACAGCCAGUGGAGCUGUCAACCUCAUCUCAAGAUUUGACCGUAUGGGCAGCGGAGGGCCACUGUUCAUCGACAUUACCUGGCACCCAGCAGGGGACCCGGGCUCCGACAAAGAAACCUCAUCUAUGAUGAUUGCCAGCACAGCUGUUAACUAUUGUGGCCUGGAAAGCAUCCUCCACCUGACCUGCUGCAACCAGACCAAUGUGAAGAUUACUGGCCACCUGACCAAAGCAAAGCACCUGGGCCUCAAGAACAUCAUGGCACUAAGGGGAGACCCAGUGGGAACAGACUGGGAGGAAGAGGAGGGAGGCUUCAACUACGCCAUCGACCUUGUUAAACAUAUCCGAUCAGAGUUUGAUGAUUACUUUGACGUCUGUGUUGCCGGUUACCCUACAGGCCACCCUGAAGCAGAGAGCUAUGAGGAGGAUCUCAGACGCCUAAAGGAGAAGGUGGAUGCUGGAGCAGACUUUGUCAUCACCCAACUGUUCUUCAGGGCGGACACGUUCCUCAAGUUCCUGGAUGACUGCAGGGCGAUUGGUAUCACAUGUCCCAUCCUACCUGGAAUCUUCCCCAUUCAGGGUUACCAGUCUCUGCGUCAGCUUGUUAAGCUGUCGAAGCUGGAGGUACCAGAGGAGAUUACCAGUGUCAUCGAGCCCAUCAAAGACAAUGAUGCUGCUAUCCGUAACUAUGGAAUCCAACAGGCGGUGGAGAUGUGCCGUGUACUGCUGGACAGUGGCAUGGUACCAGGCCUCCACUUCUACACACUGAAUCGAGAGGUUGCAACCAUGGAGGUGCUCAGACAGCUGGGCCUGUGGAUAGAGGACCCCAGGCGUCCUCUUCCCUGGGCUGUGAGUGCCCAUCCCAAACGGAAAGUAGAAGAUGUUCGACCCAUCUUCUGGGCAUCCCGUCCCAAGAGCUACAUCUACAGAACCCAGGACUGGGACGACUUCCCCAACGGCAGAUGGGGACACUCCUCAUCUCCAGCUUUUGGAGAGUUAAACGACUACUACCUGUUCUACUUGAAGAGCAAGUCAUCCAAAGAUGCACUGCUGCAGAUGUGGGGUGAGGAGCUGAUGAAUGAAGAUAGCGUCUAUCAGGUCUUCACCUGCUACAUCACAGGCAAACCAAACCACAAAGGACACAAGGUGAUUUGUUUGCCAUGGAAUGAUGAGCCUCUGGCCCCAGAGACCAACCUGCUGAAGGAUGAAUUGGAGAAGGUGAACAGACGAGGGGUCCUCACCAUCAACUCACAGCCCAACAUCAAUGGCAAACCCUCCACAGACCCUGUAGUGGGCUGGGGACCUGCAGGAGGCUAUGUCUUCCAGAAGGCCUAUCUGGAGUUCUUCACCUCCAGUGAAAAUGUCAACGCUCUCCUCAAAGUACUGAAGAAGUAUGAACCUCGGGUCAACUACCACAUUGUUAAUGUGCAUGGCCGUAACCUGACCAAUGCCCCUGACAUGCAGCCAAACGCUGUGACAUGGGGGAUCUUUCCUGGCAGGGAGAUUGUUCAGCCUACUGUAGUGGACCCAGACAGCUUUAUGUACUGGAAGGAUGAGGCCUUUGCCUUGUGGAUUGAACAGUGGGCCAAGCUCUAUGAAGACGAGUCUCCUUCACGGAUGAUCAUCAAGUACAUCCAUGACAACUACUUCCUGGUCAAUCUGGUGGACAAUGACUUUCCUCUGGAGAACUGUCUGUGGCAAGUCAUCAAUGAUAUGUUUGAGCUGCUCGACGCCCCUCCAGAGCCACUCAAUGAUGGAACAGUCUCAGAAUAAAAUCCACCUUUUUUAUGGACAGAAAGAACACUAUGGAACUGAUAUUUGAUCUUUUAUGCAUUGUCAAAAAAAUUGCUACUUACACUACAGAGCAUAUCAUACAGUAAAAAUGUAUGUCAGUGUUUUUAAGAGUUUUUGUUAGUGUUUUUUAAGCAUACUGUCACAGCUCAGCGAAAUACAAAAGACUGAAUAUUUUUUAUCUCCAUGAUGAGUAGCCUUGUCCUCUGCAGCAUUCCUAGCUGAUUAACAACACUUGUGCUCAUACAGUUUGGGCUUAACCCUGUCACCUUUUAAUUUAAGAGACUCCUUAAGGACAGAUCUAACUGAAAAACAAGAAAAAAAACCCUCAUACAAUGGUUUGUUAACUUGUAACAUAUUUUUUAAAGUGCUUGUCAGUAAAUGUUAUUUUCAUGGAAGACAAUCAAAUUAGACUUUGAAAUGAUUAUAAAUGACAUGUACUGUAUAGAGAUGAAAUCAAGAUAGAGAUAUGAGAUGUUGUGUAUGAGUGGAACUCUAAUUUGAUGCCAUGAUGAUGCCCUGUCAGCAGUUCUCACCCUUUGCUGUGUUAAGGACCGGUCAAUUGAUCCACAUUGGUCUUGGUAAGAUUCCCCUCAUGGACCUCCAUCUGAAAAGAUUUUGGUUGUUAGAUAUGAUUAAGACCAAAAUUCUAAAGUUAUCAACUACAGUUGAGUGGAGGAAUUGAAACCUGUUAUCAGUAUAGUCAACCAUCUCACUGUCUCUCACAUUGGGCUCUCUUCUGUAGUGAAUUAAAUGGUGAAAAUAAACUAUUCCCCAUUUUUCUGGGGGCCCUCUG